AUGGAGUCAUCAACAGAUCCAGAGAAGCAACAUUUGAUUGAGACUCAUUUGGAGCCUCUUGUGUGGGUGAGCGGUCCAGAGAAAAAGUGCUCAGACUCAGAAUUCGGUGAAGACGCCCUCAGUGUGGAGGGGCUGUGGCAGCACGAAUGGCUCUGCCAAGAGGCCGAUUGGAGGUCGGUGACUGAGAGGGACUUGAGAUGUUUGGCCAGAAAGAAGCUUUUCACUGCAUGUGUCGUCAGCCUCGUGUUCAUGACGGGAGAGGCCAUUGGUGGAUACGCCGCCGGCAGUCUGGCCAUCAUGACGGACGCAGCUCACCUUCUGACGGAUUUUGUCAGCAUUGUAAUCAGCAUCUUCUCUUUGUGGAUCGCAUCAAGGUCUCAGACAGCAACCAUGACUUUUGGAUGGUAUCGAGCUGAGAUUUUGGCCAUGUUUCUGUCUGUGGUGUCGAUCUGGGCCGUGGCCGUAGUGCUCGUCUUAUCAGCCGUGCAGAGGAUCUCUGACGGGGAAUACGAGAUUGACAGUGAGAUCAUGCUCAUAACAUCAGGCUGUGCUGUGGGGGUCAAUGUCCUGAUGAUCCUGAUCUUGCAUCAGCCUGGCAACUCACAUGGCCACAGCCAUGGGUUUGCCACCAACCUGACCCAGCGGGACAAACAUGGGCAGAGCAACGGCCACGAUAAUGCAAGUGUAAAGGCAGCUUUCGUCCACAUGGUGGGAGAUCUGGUGCAGAGUGUUGGUGUUAUGCUGGCUGCCACCAUCAUCCACUUCUGGCCUGAAUAUAAAGUAGCAGAUCCGAUUUGCACCUUCCUGUUCUCUCUUCUCGUUAUUGGGACAACGCUUCCUGUCACAAAGGAUGUUUUCAGGAUACUGCUGGAAGGUGCUCCUCGGGACGUGAGUUUCGGCGCCGUGAGGGAGCUGCUGCUGUCUGUAGGAGGAGUCACCGCCAUUCACAGUUUACACAUGUGGAGCCUCAACACGACUCAUUCUCUGCUUUCCGUGCACCUUGCCACAGAUUUUUGGGAGUGCCCACUGCCCCCCUUGCCCCCCUUUGGUGGUGCCCCUGCUAAAACUAUGGAGGUUUAA